AUGCCAACCAUAUCCUCCGCUCCUCUCGACCAAGGCUCUCCUCCUUCCUCUCACCUUCUUUACUCUCAACCUCCCCGAUCUUCUGCUGUUCCUAUCCCGGUCUCUACCUCCCCGGUUGAAACUCGCCCUCGUACUGCUUCCGCUCCCUCUCUCCAGCACAACUCCGCACCCUCCGCUGUUGUCGUCCCCUCCCAGCCCACCACCACUACCACCACCAAUCCAACUGGCUUUACAGGUUCGGUCAUUGGAUCGAUCUCACGUCGCAACCGCCGGUCUUUCGCUGCACUAGCUCGUGAGAAGACCUCGAACGCCCUUGCGAAUCUGUCCGCCAUUGGAGGCCCGAAUUACCCCCUCCGCUCCUCCGCCUCUUCGGGAAGCCUGUCUAAGCAUUCGCGCAAGGCCUCGCAGGUCAGCGUCAGCGAAGUGCUCAGUGCCACGCCGUUGACUCCGCCAUCGUCCGACGGUAGCGCCAGUAGUGAACGGUCAAGUCCUGCGCCCAUUGACGCCGCUACUAACCGCUGUGCCCCGGCCGUGGUUGAACAGCAGACUAGUUCUGUUGAGAGGCGCCGUUACACCCUUCAGCGUGCCCCGUCCCCACUAGAACAACUGCCCGAACUCGGACCUUCUGUGUCCCCCGCCAAAAUGCAUCAAACCUCAUCGCGUUUGUUGCGUAUGACGGAAGAUGACCGUCCAUUCACAAAGGAUUUCAUGGACCUUUUCUCGACCUUGAUGGUCAGUUUGAAGUUGGAUUCGCAUCGUGUACGAUUUACGAAAUAUGACCAUUCGUUCACUUCGGAAGAAGCCAUCAACAACCUUGGAUCCCUCAAGUUUUCCCAAUCGAAUCGCAUGCCCGACCCGAAAGACCCCUCGCGUAUCGUCACGACCACUACGACGACCACCUUCUCCAUGGCCAAGGAAAUGGCUCGCUCGGUCUGCCAGCGUUUCGUCGACGCCCGCUUUAUCGAGUCUGUGGAUGGCAAGGCGGCACAAAUAUUUCCGUUGAAGGGCGCGUUGUACCAGCUUACUCCGAAAGGCAUCAAUAUCCUGCAAAGAUUCUGCCAGAGAAACGGUAUCACUGCUCGCCAUGUGAUUGACGUGUUGGAGUCGCCUCGCAACACGAUGCAAUUGGUUAACCUGGAGCGCGAUACCGAGACUGACAAGCUGUCACACGAUCGAGCGACCAUUGAAGUCAUAUUCCGCCGUUUUGCGGGGCAGGAUGGUCCCAACGUGAAGAGCAGCAUUUCCACCUCGGAUUCGGAUUCAUUGAGUGAUUACUCGAAUGGCUUGGUCGGUGUGAAGAUGGCCAAAGAGCGCAAGAUCAACGACAAGAUUUUUGUCAACACGUUUACUGGCAAGGCUGCGGUGGAUUGGCUGAUGGACUGUUCGACCACGAUUGAGCGCCGCGAGACCGUUCUCAUUGCCGAGCUUUUCGUCAAGUACGGCUUGAUCACCAUGUUGCAGGAAGAUCGGUUUAUCAACCAACCAGACGACUCGAUAGUGGCAUUCCAGCCUUCGAAGAACGCGAUCUACGGGAUGACGGACCGGGGGCAAAGGGUUUGCGGGUGGAUUGCACGGGACAAGUCUCGUGAAACCACCAUGUACGACAACCGCGGUAUCCCCAAGGAUUCCAACAAUGCCCGCUUGAACCACAUCCUUCACGAUCCUGCCCUGCGACUGUUGUUCCGCGAGUUCCUUCGCUUCUCGCUGUGUGAGGAGAAUCUGUCGUUCUACCUGGAUGUGUCGGAGUUCACGUCGGCGUACCACAAGGCCGAGAAGUUGGGCACAUUCAGGAAGCCGGAUUCUGUCCGCGAGACGCUUGCUGCGGCAUACGGUCUCUACAACGCGUUCCUCGCGCCUGGAUCUCCCUGUGAACUGAACAUCGACCACGCGCUGCGCAACAGUUUGGCAAGCCGCAUGACCAAGGCCGUGGGUGACGAUGAGUCGAUGCUUAAGAGUCUGCAGGAGGUGGUGCAUCUGUUUGAAAUGGCCCAGACCUCGGUGUUCAAGCUGAUGUCAAGUGACUCUGUUCCCAAGUUCCUGCGCGAUCCCAAAUGUGCCAGCAUCCUCCAGGAACACGACGUGGAUUUGAUUGGCGCCCCCCGGGCUUACUCGCCCACUCCCGCCCCAGUCCCGGAGCGUUCGGCGAGCCGCUCAGCACGGUCAUGA